UUAUAAAGGUCAUCAUUUUUCAAAAUUGUAUGGGUAGUUUUUGCCCGGUCCCUAAUGCGACGCUUCAAACUAGCGUUUCCCGAAUGUGAGAAGAUCGUUGAAUAUGAAACUUUAUAUCUGUAUUAUUACCUGAGUCAUUGAUUCUGCAAAUGUUAUAGGCUAACUUAAUAAUGCGAAAUCAUCGUCGGUGGCGACGAUCGGUCUUUAACAAGAAUAUAAAUGGCACGCUGUAGGUGUAAUCACAGCUGCUCAGUGAUGUCAUGGGAAAAAUCUGUCAGUAGAGCUAAUUUUGAUCAUCACUGUUCAAAUGUGAAGUGUGAAAUUUAAAACAGGUUUUGGGCUAUUGUAUGAAAUGCGUAAUGUGAAUCAUUGAGAGAGUGGAGGCCUACCGUUAAAAACAGCCAUCAAAGUGUAACUAGAAAAGUACAAUAGAAACUACAUGUCCCAUAAUGCCAUUCUCAGACUUCUUUUUGAGCGUGAAACUCAAAAUCGCAGGCGGGAUUUAGUAUUUGAGGAGUUCGCAGUAGCAGUUGUUUGUGGUCGUGAUUUCAGCAAAUUGCAUCUACAAAUCACUUUUAUAUCGACUGUAUUCGUGAUCAUUAAUGAAACUCAACACACUAUAUAGUCAGAUCAUCAAUAAGAAAAAGUUUCGAUUGAGUAAGACUGGCUUCUUUACAACAAGGAGAUUUCAAGGAAGACUUUAGCUAGCAUUGCAAUAAGGCAAACGGCAAGACGAAAGAAAGUUGAAUACGUAAAUGAUGAUCGCCAAGGGACUGAAGCGCAAAUUUCAAGAAGACGGCAGCGUUAACGGCGUACGCUGGGAGAAUCAGAGACAGUCGGUUCUCGACAUUUCUCUGGUGAAGUACCAGCACGGCCAAGAGCUCGUGGAGCCUAGUUUGCGACGCUCUGUGUUGAUAGCCAACACCCUGCGCCAAGUAACACAAGAAACAAAGCGUCCAGAUGAAGUGGUCCAUAAGGCUACUCCAGUAUCACCUACUGCUCCUUUCUCAACUAUGGAAUCUCUCCCUUCCCUCGUAAGUGUAGUAAACUGCCAUUCCAGAGUAGAGGAGGAGGACUGGGUUGCCAUGACAGCAGAACCGGAUUUCUCUAUGUCAGGAGCCAUAUCAUCUAUCCUUAAGGAACUGGACACAACCAUUGAUGGUGUUUUGGGGCCUCAGUCUGUCCCACGGUUGCCCCUCAGGUCCCUGGAGAAUCUGUCUGGUCCAGGGCAGGGGGUUUGGGAGGGGCGCAGGGCUGAGGUCAGCAGGGGUUGGGAGGGGGUGAACUGGGGUACUGCUGAGGUCAUGGCCUCAGGCUACUUGCAGGACGUGACCCUGGAUGGCAUCUUCCAGGACAUUGACACCUCGACGUUGGAGAGGGAGAUGGGGGCCCUCGGAGUGCGGGCCCCCUCGUCUACCUCCUCCUCUUCUUCUUUUCCCUCCUCCUGUCCCUUCUCCCAGGAGCUCCUGAGAUGCCUCCCCUCCUUGGCCUCUUCUUCUCCCUUCUUCUCCUCCUCCAGCUCUCUCUUCUCCCCCAACCAGAGCCUCAGGGAGCUGUCAGAGCUGGACCACCUGAUGGAGAUCUUGGUGGAGUCCUAAUGCUCUGGAACUCCCCAGUAGAACAGUGUGACAUCAGAACCAGAGAAGAAGACAACGGCAGAGUUGUUUCUGUUGUUGACUCUUUUAGUCGAUCACGUGGUCGAAAUGUGCUAGUUUUAGGAGAUGAUUUUUGAACAGGGGCCCUUUUGUACUUUCUCGUAACAGUAAUGAUGUACUGAUAUCUAUUUAGAAUAUUCUUAACAUUUUAGUCACUUUUCGCUUGUAUCAAGAGAUUAUAUAGUUGGAUAAUACUAGAUUGCUCACUUCAGACAUUGUAUCUUGUAACAACUGAAUUGUAAUCCUAGGUCAGAUAAAUGAUUUAGAGCCACCCUGUGGCUUGUACGUGAUUUAACGUGUGUUUAAAUCACACAAAUACUGUGUCCUAAACACUAACAUGUGUACUUGUCUUCUGUGAAGACAGGCAUGUCUGCGUAGUGUGUCGUAUACUUAAUAUCUGUCCUUCUUGACCACUAAGAUAACGCUCUACACUUACAGUAUGGUUGCUGUUUGUUCUUCAUACAACUAUACAGGUAUAACACUAUGCAGCUUCCAUACUAUACACACUAUGUUGUUUCCUGUUAUCGUACUACACACCUGAAUGCAGGUGUGCUUUUUGGGUUCGAUCCAACUAACAUUUUUCCCAAGAUUAACCAUUUCUAGGCUAAAACAAAUACAAUAGUCUACAGUUUCUGGAAAUUGCUGUGUAUCUCAAGAGUUUAAUGUCAUGCAGGUGGCAUGGUUUGUGCCACCUGCAAGACGUGGCUUGCAUUUUCAUAGAAUCAUUUUGAUCCAUUGUUUUUGUCAGUUCAUAUGAUUUAUUGCCAAUACUGGCACGUUCAUGCCCAGAAGAAUAAAUUAUGUUGUUGUGGUUUAAAAUGAUGGGCUGAAAAUAUCUACGUUUAGGAUAAAUACUUACAUAUGUUUGGCAUGAGAAAUGGCAAAACACUGACAUUGAACACUGCUCUAUAUCCAUAAUGUUCUAAUCAUUCACCGUUUUUGUAUCUUUAUCUCAACUCUAAACUAUGUCACUGCCUUUUGUUCUGCAUGGUUUUGCCACAGGUGUAUUUAGUGUUUUGAGGAUUGUUGAAUUAUAAGACAGGUCCAGGAACAAUGUUUGUUCUGGGAAGCACAAACUAACUGUUCUUGAGCUGUUUAAAUGUCCUUUUCUGUUUACAGAUGUGGAAGUACUUAUCUACAGUAUAUUUGCUGAGUCACUUCUCAAAGAGGAGGUGACUCAGCAAAGAGAGUUGUGUGUUUGUGUCAGAAAUGGUUCAAAUUAUGGGUUAUUUAUAGACUUAUUUAUGUUAUUUUAAUGUACUUGCAGUUCAUGUUAAAAUGUUCCUUUACCAUAUUCAUUUGUUUAACAGGAAUGUUAUAAUGUAUUUUAUAUUU